AUGAAAAAUUUAAAUAUAGUAAGUAAUAAAAUAGUAGAAGAAAGGGUAAAAGAAUAUUGUAGAAAAAUUGAGGAAAAUAAAUUAAAAAAUGUGAAAGCAACAAUAAGAAUUGAUAAAAAUAAAAUAAAUAUUAAUAAUAGAAAAAAAUUAUACACAGAAAAGUUGAGAAAUGAAGAAAUAGAAAGAAAUAAUAAUAUUCUAAAAAAAAAAUUAGAAGGAAUUAAUAAAAGAGAAAAAAAAACUAUAGAACAACUUAAACAAAUAAGUAUUCAGAAAAUGAACACAAAUAAAAAAAACUUCUUGUAUGAAAAUAUAAAAAAAGCAAAAAUAAAAAAAGAGAAUAAAAAAAUAAAUCAUAUAAAUGAUAUAUCUAUUAAAAACUUAAAAAAAAAAAUAGUUUAUAAAGGUUAUAUAGAUGAUAGUAUAAAAAAUUAUAAGUUUUACACAGAAAUGAAAGUAGAUGAAGAUUUUAAUUUAAGUAUUCUUUCUUUGAAUUUAAAAAAUAAAAAAGUAAAAAGAUUAUUAUAUAAUAAGGAGAAGCAUAAUGAAUUAUUAAAUAAAUUUAACACUUAUGAAGAAAUAGCAAAGAAUAUAUCUUUAAAUGAUGAAGAAAGAAUUGAUAAAAUGCAAAGAUUUAUUUUAAAUAAAAAAAAAAAUGAAGAAAAGGAAAAUGAGAAACCAAUGAGAAUUAAACAUAGAGUAAUGCUAGCAAAUAUAGAAAAGACUUGUGACUUUUAUAUAAAAAAAUAUUUUAGUGAUGAUAUAGGAGAUGAAAAUACUACAAUGGAAACAGAUAAAAUACAAAGUUCUAAUGGAAACCAAAAUAAUGAUUUAAUAAAUUUAAAAAAAAAAAAAAAUUCUUUUCUUUUAAUGAAAAAUGAAAUAUUAUAUAAAUCUAAAAUAAAUGAAACACAAGCUUUAUUAAUUUUUCAAAAAAUUAAAGAAAAAUUAAAAAAAAAUCAAUGUUUUUUAAAAUCAAAUGCAAAUAUAGGUUUACUAUUUAAUGAAAGUAAAUCAUUUAAUUAUAAAAAUAAUUUAAAUGGUUCUAAUUUGAUACAAAAUCAAGGAAGUAAAAUUAAAAGAGAAAAUCAGAAGUUGCAAAGAGAUAUUUGUAAACAUGAGAAUAUCAAUAAAACUGAAUUAAAAAAAAAACGAACUCAGACAAAUGAUAAAAAUAAUAUUUCAGAAAAAGGGAAAGAGAAUAAUUUAGAUAAAGAUAAUUUAAAAAAAGAUAUACCUAAUGAGAUAACAUGUAAAGAGAUAGAAACUGAAGAUAUCAAAAAAAAAUUAGAAAAUUAUUCAGAUGAAGAAAAGUUAGAAAAUAGUAAUAUAGAAAUAAAUUUAGAAAAAAAUAAAUUAGAAAAUAAAUUAAGUAAAGAAACUUUUGAAAUGAAUUUAGAACAAAAUAUGAAAAAAAAUAAUUCAAAUAGCUACCAAUUAGAAAAUGAAUUAAGUAAAGAAACUUCUGAAAUGAAAUUAGAACAAAAUAUGAAAAAAAAUAAUUCAAAUAGCGAUCAAUUAGAAAAUGAAUUAAGUAAAGAAACUUCUGAAAUGAAUUUAGAACAAAAUAUGAAAAAAAAUAAUUCAAAUAGCGACCAAUUAGAAAAUGAAUUAGAAAAAGGAAACAGAGUCAAUAGUAUAUUAGAAGAUAAGAAAUUAGGAGAUGAUAUAAUACAGAAUGAAAAAAUAGAAGAUGAUGAGAUAGAUGAUAAUAAAGUAGUGGAAGAUAAUGAAGUAAAAGAUAGUAUAGUAGAGGAAGAUAAAGAAUUAGAAGAUAAAGAAGAAGAGGAAGAUAAAGAAUUAGAAAAUAAUAAAGUAGAGGAAGAUAAUGAAGUAAAAGAUAGUAUAGUAGAGGAAGAUAAAGAAAAAGAUGAUAAAGAAGAAGAUAAUAAAGUAGAGGAAGAUAAAGAAGAAGGUAGUAAAGUAGAAGAAGACAAAGUAAAGGAAGAUAAAGAAGAAGGAAACGAAGUAGAAGAUAAUAAAGUAGAGGAAGAUAAAGAAUUAGAAGAUAAAGAGGAAGAGGAAGAUAAAGAAUUAGAAGAUAAUAAAGUAGAGGAAGAUAAAGAAGAAGAUAAUAAAGUAGAAGAAGAUAAAGAAGAAGAUAAUAAAGUAGAGGAAGAUAAAGAAUUAGAAGAUAAAGAAGAAGAGGAAGAUAAUGAAGUAAAAGAUAAUAAAGUAGAAGAAGAUAAAGAAUUAGAAGAUAAUAAAGUAGAGGAAGAUAAAGAAGAAGGUAGUAAAGUAGAAGAAGACAAAGUAAAAGAAGACAAAGAAGAAGAUAACAAAGUAGAAGAUAGUAAAGUAGAGGAAGAUAAACUGGAGGAUGAUAAAAUAGAAUAUAAUAAAGAAGAGGAAUAUAAGAUAGAAGAUAAUAAAACAAAAGAUGAUAAAAUAGAAGAUGAUAAAAUAGAAGAUGAUAAAGUAGAAAAUGCUUUAGAAAUAAGUUCAUAA